AUGACUGAAGUCCUGGUGGAACUAAAAACCUUGUCAAAAGGUUGCAGGAGGUGGUAUGGACAAGAUCUUAUUCUGUUGAGGGCUAGACCCAAGAAACUCGGAUUAUUUUUAAUUUCAGGGAUUGCUUAUGUUCACGGUUUGAAGCAUGCCUCGGGCAAUUUUGUCCUAAUCAUGGACGCGGACUUAUUGCACCAUCUAUUAAGUUACGAAAUGUUCCAAAGGCGCAAACGUUCAAGUGAGGGUAGUCAAAUGGCGGUCGUACUAAUGACUAAGUAUGAUAGUGUGAUAAAUAGAGAACUCAUGACAUGGAAAUCGAUGAUUGAGGGCUGUGGAGCCCAUGGGCUAGGUUUUGAAGCCCUAAAUUUUUUCCGUCAAAUGGUGGAAGAAGGAUUUUUGGGAGCGUUAUUGGCAGCGUGUAGAGUUCAUGGGAACAAAAAUGAGGAGAUCAAAUGUGUAGCAAAAUGGCUCUUAGAUUUGGAACCUAAAAAUGCUGGCCACAAUACUUAG